UUAUCAAUAUUAAUAUUAAUGUAUCUCUCUCAUCUCCCUCUCUUACCUUCACGCCUCCUCUCUUGUACUCUUCACCUCCGGCGACCCCGCCGUCUUUUAAGCCACCGAAAACGACACACACGCUCAAAUAGCAUCACCGCCGACGAAACUCCGCCGCCUUCGGUCAACACUCGAACACCCCCACACACAUACACACACAAAAACAUAUAUGUUUGUUUUGGUUGCAGCUGCUCUCAUAUUUAAAUUAGGGCAUAUAGAGUGUAUGUGUAUCUAAUUUUCCCCAAAUUAGAACAAGAAUAAUAAAAGAUGGAUUUCUACACCUCAGAAGAUGUGAAGGCUCUCAUGUCGCACUUCACUGAGCAAGAGAACCGCCUCAGAGUUAAACGAAGGUGGCUAGCUGGACUUUCGUUAACCAAAAAAGAACAAACGGUCAUUUUCGGUUCCGAGUCUAAACAUAAAAGGACUUUACCCGAGUCAUUGCUUAGGGAGGAUGAUGUAUACUAUGAGACGAUCAAAUCUUUUGUUGAACGAGGACUUGAUGGAUUUAAAGAAGAGUGGGAAGAACAAGCACAUACCAAAAAUAUGCUACCCUUAGACUUGUCUAAUGAUGUACGAUAUAUUUUGCCCCUGCUUGAUUAUAUGACAAACAAAUGCCUUUGCAGUGUUGCUGACAUACUGACACAGGGCUCACUCGACUUUGAGAAAAUCCGGUGGAGGAUGAAAAAGGUGAUAAAAGAUUGUCUUCAGAAAACAAUUCUAAGUCCUAAUGAUGACUUAUUUGAAAAGUUAUCCUCACUUCUCAAGGACCCACGUAAUUUUCGCAGGAGUCCUGUAAAAUACUUGGAUUGUUCAUCCCAAUCAUAUGAAGCUGCUGUUCUAAAUAUGUUAGAUUUGCUUGAUGACUUACCUACUUGUGCCCUUCUUGCUAUGCACAGAAAGGUCAGAGGUAUCCGGGGAUACAUUCCCCAGGUAAUACCCCCAAAACAGGGACGGAGGCGGGAUCAAUUAAUCAGUUUAGUGAGAAAAACUUGUAUCGACAUGUUGCGAACAACUGGUGAGGAGGAUGACUCACGUGAACUAUUAAAUAAAGCAAUGGGGGUUGCAGUAUUGGCUUUAAAGCUAAUUAAAGGCAAUCAGUAUGUGGCAGAUCUCAGAAAGUUUUCUCCAGACUUAGAAGUCUUGCAUAUGGAGAUCACGAAGGCUAUCUGGUACCUUAACAAGAGGGUGAGGUUUCCAGAACUGAAGAAACUGCAACUUCUGCUUGAUCCAGGGUCUAAAUUAUCAAAGAGGGGUUCGCGGAGCGCUAUAAGAAACUUGUUAACAGAAUAUCUUUUUGAGUGCAGUGAUAUGGACAGUAUUCCGGAAGGGUUGCUGGAGGCUCUUGCUGUUAUUAAUCAAAAAUCUCGUAGUGCUCCUUUAAAGUACCUUUCGAAGGAGGAUAUGGAAGAGGAAGUUGAAUGUAUAUUGAGUGUGGGGGCACACAUAAAGCAGAUUGUGUGGGAUUUAUCUCCUGAACAUGAGUUUGACUAUGAUUUUGCAGAUUCAUAUAUGGAAGAUUUGGAAGAAAGCGAUGAUGAUGAUGAUGAUGAUGACGAUGAUGAAUACUGUGUUAAUGAUUAUAUAAAAAAUAAACCUUCAGAUUAUAGCAGGUUUGGUUGCAAUGAGCAACACGACCCAUCGGAAAGUAUUACAGAGAGCAUUUCAGCUAAUUUCACCACAGAGCCUCAGGAUAAUGCUCAAGAUUUCUGUUCUCCUCCUGCACAAAACAGAGUUUGUAAGGCUGAACUAGAUUGUAUGCAGUUGACCUGUAUGAAUACAGUGGAUUCAUCAUGUGUUUUCUCCUCGGCUGUUCUGACAACCAAAAAAACAGAAACUCAAAGUGCCUGCGUUUCACCUCUUUCAUUGAAUGGACAUUCUUGCAUUAAACAAGAACCUAUACAUUAUUUAGAAUCUAACGUCUCUCAUAGGGAUAUAAGUAAUACGAGAAAAAAUGGCAAAAACCUGUACCUGGCAAUUCAAGGAGCAAGUGACGAGACAAGUUUGUUUGCUUAUCGUCUCCUUGGGUAUAUGAUGAGUGACUUUGCACAAUUUGAAGGUUUGCCAUUAGAUCUAGAUGAUGUAUUAGCAUAUCUCAGAUGUGGCGAUCGCAAUCGGGGCGAUGACCAAGUUGACAAAGAAAAAAGCUAUCAAAAUAAGGACGGGUAUGGUUCUCUUAUUCAGUUAGCUGAACAACUCUGGCCUUCAUUUCCACAAAGUAGUAAAAACAAACUUGAAGGGAUGACGAGUUCAAGUUAGUUAGAGUGUCAUUCUCGAGCCUCCGUUGGACACAUCAAACAACAUGUAAGUAUGCAUACCAGUAUAUGUUAGCAUCGCUAAUGUGAUCUCCCAUCUGGAUUCAGAUGGGUUUUGCUAAAGUUACUCAGUCAGACUUUCCCUGGAUAAUACAGCUUGUUUACGAGCUAGUAUCUUUUUGUACAAUAUGAACUAACGCCUGGCAUAGCUCUUUGACUAAUUAGUCAGUAAGCUUUUUUUAUAUAGAAUGGGGGGUGAUUUACUGUUUUACUAUUAACUCUAAUGUAAUUGUUUAUAUUUAGUGGCACUUGCAAAGUAUAUCCA